AAACAUUGAAAAAAGAAGAUGAUUAGGAAAUAACCUAGUUUUCUAUCUCUUAAAAUAAGAUUUUUAAGUUUACUUUCUCGUUCAAUAAUGAGUAAUUUCCAACAAAUAAGAUUUCUGAGUUCAAUAUCUGCCUCAAUUACGCGACCACACAGGUUAACAUACGUAAGGACAUAUCCCACGAUAGUUGUUCAGCCAGAUGGAUCAACAUUUAAAAUUAGGUACCCAGAACCAAGACAAAUUAUUAAGUUACCAAUGAAUAUCUGGACUUUGAGUGAAGCCGAAAGAAAGGCUAAAUUGGAAGCUAGAAAACCUAGAAAGAAGGUUGUUAUCGAGGAAGAUAUCGAAGAUUCCUUCGAUUCCAGUACUUAUUUGAAGUAUUUAAAGAAAAAGAAGUAGUGUAAUUUAGGAGAACAGAUUAUUUAUUGAAUAAAUUAGUACUUUUUAAAAUAUUUUCCAAAUUGAAAUUCUUCUUUUUAAAUUUUAUGGCAUUUGAAUAAACGUAGUUUAUUUAUCUUC